UGAUCUCAUCACUACAAUCUCAUUGAUUCCACUUUCAGUUAGACAAUACGAUUCAGCACUCACCAACUUAACCAUGCAUUCUUGUAGUUUCCAUGACUUCUAGUUCACCGUAUAUAUAUAUGUCCACCUCCCUCGCCGCAAAUCAACACAGAAAAAGAAUAUGGCGGCAGCUACGGCGGGCUUGGACAUAUUGGGGACCCAGAUGCCACUGCACUACGACUUCCACGUCACCGCCACGGUGAGCCAGGUGAAGCAAACGAUCUACCUCCGCCACGGCCUGCCCAUCUUCCGGCAGACGCUCCGACUGCUCCCCGCCGGAAGGAUCUUGCACGACGACGACACGCUGGCAUCCUACGGCAUCGCCGAGGGCAUGAACGUGCAGCUGCUGCUUCACGUGUCGCGGGGCCAGGGCUCGGACGUCCCCAUCCACGUGGACUUGCGGUCCCCACAGUUCCCCAAGUGGCAGGCCACGGUCCGCUGCAGAGAGACUAGCACGCUGGCCGAGUUCAAGAACCUGGCAGCCGAGGAACUGCGCUGGGCCGGGCCGGAGGGGAUGGAGUUGCAUAGAGGGCCGCACGUGGGCCGUCUGGAUCGGGAGGAGAAUUUGGGCAGGCCCAUUUGGGAGUACUUGAUUAUGGAUCGGACCGUUGUUUGGGUCAAGUUCACGUUCAAUGUUCCCCAGAAUGGUACGCGGGCACCCUAACCGCAGCCAUCGUGAUAUGAGUUUAUAGAGAUACAUAGAUGCAGGAUUAAUGCAUGGUGACGAUGGUUAGGUUAUUGGUUUCCUUGGAGCUGGCUGGCUACUACUACUGAAUGUUGUUAUGGACUUACGGUUGGUAUUGUAAUAUGGAGUAGUUGUUGCUCUGUUGUUAUGGACUUACGGUUAGAUUAAUUUAUUAUGAGCGGGAUUAUCUAUGAUUCCAGUGAAAAUAAUCAAUCAUAGUAUGUAGG